AUGACUUCUUCAAAGCUAAGGCAUUCUUGUUCCUUUCCAAUUCUUCUACUUUCCUUUCUUAAUUUCAUCCUCUUUAUUCUCUCCGCGGCGUCUAUAGCUCCCAUUGUUUUCCUCAAAACUCCGCCAACUUCACUUGGUUGGUCAUUCCUCAUAGUCUCUUCCAUUUCACUUCUUUCAUGUUUUAUUGGUUUCUACUCUCAACUAACUCAUUGUUGUUUCAUAACUCACCUCUCCCUCCUCAUGGCAUCGUGUAUCGGUCAAUUACUUGGCAUUUUAGCCUUGUUCACUAAGGAAAAAUCGAGUCUUUUGAUGUUGAAAUCACCAAGGGAUCCUAGAGAAGCAAAGGUUUUAGUGAGAUUGGAAUGUGGGGUUUUGAUGUCUAUGUUUGUGAUGCAAUUAGGAGUGUUGGUUGUGACUUGUGCUGUGCAGAGUUGUUGGGUGAGAGAUUAUGAAAGUGUUGAAGCAGAGAGAGAAGCAUGGUCAAGGAAGAGGAAUCAAAGGAUUGCUAAGGUUCAACAAGAGUGUAUGGAAAAUGCAAAUAAGAUAUGCGAAAUGAAAGAUAAGGAGUUUGAUGAUAAGAUUAAGAAUAAAUAUGGACAGUGGGUCAAAAAUGAUUUUGAAGGCUAAAUAUGAAUUUCUUAGUCA